GAUUUAAACAAAAGCAAACGGUUUUCAGUUCAUACACAGAGAAUUUUGUGUUUUUCGCGAACGAUUCAAUUUGUAAUAGUUUUAUCAGUCGGCAUCGAUUGCUCCAAUAAGAAAAAUUUAAAAUAUUUCAAUCAAAAUGGGUGUCGAGGAUGAUAUUCUUCAUUUUGAAGAUUGGGCAGAUAACCUUGGUUUUCCGUCGAAUGUUUUGCCACCGAAAAAGACAUUGAGCCGCAUAUUUUCUUCUGGUCAAAUGCUUGCUUUUAAUGAACUGAUGAGACGAAUACAACCACAACAAGACGUGAAAGCCGUACGCGAUGAAAUCAAAGUGCGCAAAGUUGAACGUAUUGGUGGUAAUACAGUUGCUGUGAAAAAAGUUCAAUCAGAGCAACUGUAUUUGUAUCAAACGAAGAAAAAGUUGGAAGAACGUUUGGAAAAUUUAAAGUCUCGUGUCGCAGCAAAAAAGCAACAAUAUCAAAAAUUGGCAAUUUCAUCGAAAGAAAAUAAUAUUCAAACGUUUCAACUGAAGGAGGAAAUCGUCGAUACGACUGCAAAAAAUGCAAUUUGUAAAUUAAAAACAAGAGAAAUUGAGCGUCAAAUCGAGGCAGAGAAGGAGAUUGGUAAAAAUAUUGAUGAAAUAACGCCGGUCAAAUUCACCAAUUCCAAUGACAAAAAUGCGAUGGCUGCUUUGACAGCGGCCAAACUCGAACUACAGAAAUUCUACGCCACUUUUAAUCAUACGGAAAAUUAUGAAGUGAAUUUGACGACUCGUCAACAACUCUGGCAAAGAUUACGUGGCAUAUUUGCACAGAUUCCGAAUUUGACACUGUGGACAGGCAUUGGUGAUCAAAUGAAGCAAAAGGCGUCAAUGAUGGAGACGUUGAGCUUAAUGGAUAUGGAAAAGAUUCUGUAUGUGAAUGCCGGAUACGAUGAUCCAACGCAAAAGAAUAAUCUACAAGUUGAAAUCGGCAAAUUACAUGCAAAGCAUGUUAAAUUGUGUAUCAUGCGCCAUGGCAUUGACAAACGCAGUGAAGGUAUUUUAAAUGAUUAUGUGGUGUUUUACGAGUCAUUUUUGAAUGAUUUACGGUCCAAAUACUUGAUGUACAACAAUCAAAGUAUUGAUGAUGAUUUUUUGGGCGACUACUUGAGUCUGUAUUCGACAUUGUACUAUGGCAAAGGUGAAAUCGAAUAUCUGCUCAAUGUCGUCGAAGAAAAUCAAACGGAAAUUCAACGUCGCAAAAAGUCGAACGAUGAUUAUCUUGUGGGCAAUACGGAAUUGACAAAGAUUUAUCUGGAUAUGGAAAAUCUAUACGUUCGCACCCAUGAAGACAUUUACAAUUUGACACAUGUCCGUGAAAAAAUUCAACACAGCGAAGAUUUGAUGCGGUAUUUACUGCAAUGCAAAAAGGACCAACAGCUACCGGCACCGGGUUCAGAUACACGGAUGAAUAGUUCCGGCAACAGUAGUGUUGCGAGCAAUGACAGCGUUCUCUCCACCAAUCGUUCUGAUAGCGCCAACAGUACUGCUUUGUUUGGAAGAUCGGAGAUUGGUGCUCCACGUUCGAUGCCGACGACUUCAUUGCCAAAUCAAUUAUCUGAAAUAAAAAUCUUUUUGAAUACUCCCAUCGUCAAAUUUAAACUUCGAAAUCCAUUGCAAGAGCACUUGGAUUUAUGCGCAAAUCCGUUACUCAAUAUAAAGAUAUAUGACCAGCUGCCAAAUGAUAUAAAGCGCUUAAUCUUCGAUUACAUGAUAACGCCAGCCAUGUCAGUUAAAAAUUUACAAUCGCAAAUCGAAUGGUUCAGUCAAAUGAAAAUAAUCGAAAAGGCAUUUGAGGCACCAGAAGGACUGCCCGAAGUCGAUGAGUCAAAGCUGUGUACGCAAAAGAACCAACAAAAUGAUGCCUUGUCUGAGAUAACGGACGAAGCUAGCGCUAUUUGCGCAAAUAUUCAUCGCAUUUAUCGGAACAUUGAACGCUACAUUAACUUUAUAAAUGAAAACCCUUUACGAAAAUGGAUCCCCGCAACUGAAACGUUCAACGGAAAAACCUAUCACGAAUAUGAACGAGAAUUCAUGAUGUACUAUAAAAUGGUCCAAAAGUCAGAUCCCAUUUGAAUGUGUAUACUAUAUGAUAUAUAAUUGUAUGUUGUCAAACUGUGUUAGAAUGUGUUAGAUUAACCAAAAUUAGCAUUAAAUUAUUGUUAGUUCAAGUUAUUCAGAAAAAAAAUUGAUCGAUCGUUGAUAUUUAUGAUGUUCUCUUGACAUUUAUGGCGCACAGUAAGUUGGUUUUAC